CCGAUGAGAUUGAUAAAGAGUUAGCAGAUAGUUCUAAUUUAAUGAUUUUUAAAGCUGGAUUACCAAUAAGUUCUAGAGGAUUAGAUGUUGAUAAUUGUAUUAUUCAAGCAUUUACACUUCAAUUAGAAGAAUCUAAUAUUGAAUUAAAAAGUACAAGAAAAAAAUUACGUGAAUCUCUUGAAAUAAUAAAUAAACUUCAUAAACAGCUUGAAGAAAUUUCAAAUUCAACAAGCUAUACUAAUAGUUUAUUAAUACUAAUUUAUAGUGAUAAUGAAAGCACCAAUGAUUCAAUAAAUUCAGAAUCUUUAUCAUGUAUUUUUGAAGAACUUAUCAGUAAAGGAAAACUUGGCUCAUCAAUUUUAGUUAGUACAAAAGUUUAUCUGGAAUUAAUAUUAAACAAACCAUGUUCUCAAUAUUUUCAAUACCAAGAUCUUUUUUUAAAUGAGUUAGUUGAAGCUGCUAAUAAAAAUGCAGAACAAAAUUUGCAUGAAAUAUGUAAGCUAAUUCGAUCACAAAAUAAACAUAUACUUGAAGCUUCUUUUGAUUGUUCGUGGAGUCAUGUUCGGGAGGCAAUGCAAGCAAGUGGUGAAUUUGUCUUUAAUGAUAAAAUUAUAGAAAUGUUAAAUAUUGUUAGAAGUGCUGGCGAUUUAUGUGAAUUUUCAGAUCAAGAUAUAUAUAAUAUUAGUAAAAUACAGGAACAAAGAGAAUAUCGACGUAUAGCAAAUAUAGCCAAGAUUGAAACUCAAAAUCAAACUCGUGCUCAAAAAAUAAUAAAUCAAAAAGCAUGUCUUAGUAGUUUUGAUUUUGGGCAAGUAAAUAGUAUUAAUUGUUUUAUUGAAAAAAAUGAUACUUUAUGUAUUUUGCCAACAGGUGGAGGAAAAACUUUAGUUUAUGCAGCCUCAGCUUUACUAUUUACUGGAUUAACCGUAGUUUUUACACCACUAAAAGCACUAAUAGGAAAUCAAAUA